GGAGUCAGGUUAAAAGCUGUUCCCGGGUCUGGCCCACCCGCCAGCCCCAGACGCUGAGGCCAGGUGAGAGGGGCGGUGGCGGCCGGGCCCCGGGACUGCUCGGAGACGGGGCGCGCGUCCGCGGAAGGCGGGCUGGGUCGGGCAGCUCGCGGCAUCCGGAGCGGAGAGCGCAGCGUGCGCGGUGCGGGGUACCAGGCAGCGGGUCGGGCGCCGGCGCUCCGAAGUGCGCCUGAUUGGCUGGGAGCAGGGGCUCCGUUCUCAGGACUCUGAACUUGGGGACGACGCCUACUUUUUAAGGACACGAGUUCCCCUGGAACGACUCCACACUCGGAAGACACUUGCGUUUUGAGGACACCGGGUUUGGGCAUCGACGUUCCGCUUUGGAGGGGAGGGCGCGCAGGACGCCCUCUCAAGACUUCCCUCCACGCCCCACGCCCCCAUGGCGCUUCCCGGCCCUUCGCACGACCAGGCCUGGGGCCUGCAGCCUCCUGCGCCCACGGCCCCUGCCAACUCGUCCUCCGGCUGCGGGGAGCGGGAGGGCGCCGGGAGCCCAGGGGUCUCCGGUGGGCUCCCGCUGGAGAAGGUGAAGCGGCCCAUGAACGCGUUCAUGGUGUGGAGCUCCGCGCAGCGCCGCCAGAUGGCGCAGCAGAACCCGAAGAUGCACAACUCGGAGAUCUCCAAGCGCCUGGGCGCGCAGUGGAAGCUGCUGGGCGAGGACGAGAAGCGGCCCUUCGUGGAAGAGGCCAAGCGGCUCCGGGCCCGGCACCUGCGCGACUACCCCGACUACAAGUACCGGCCUCGGCGCAAGACCAAGACCUCGGGCGCCGGGCCGCCCCACUUCGGCCCGGGAGGCGGCGGCGUGGCUGCCGGCGGGCCGGUCUGGGGGCCCGGGUUCGCGACGGCCCAGGGGAGCAGAGGAUUUGGGUACCAGCCGCCCAACUACUCCACGACCUACCUGCCUGGCGGAUACGGCUCUUCCCACUGUAAACCAGAGGCCGCCUCGCCGUGCUCCCUCCCUCCGAGUAACCCCAGGCUCCAGGGAGAGCUGCUUCCCCACUACAGCCCCUACCUCCCCCCGGGCUCUCCCACCCCGUACAGCCCUCCCCUGUCGGGGACCCCCAUGCCCCUGACCCACCUCUAACCCUGGUGGACAUGGACCUCCCAGGAAGGGCUCCCUCCUUCUCUCUUUACCCAGGACG